UUUGCAUUUUCUUUAAUAGGCUGUGCGGGAAGGAAUUAGAAUUGGAUAAGUUAGAUGCAUUACAUGAACAUGUAGUCAAAACAUUGUGCAACCUGGAAAAGUUUUUUCCGCCAUCUUUUUUCGACAUCAUGAUCCAUUUAAUGGUUCAUCUAGUGAGAGAAGCAAGGCUGUGUGGGCCGGUGUGGGCGAGAUGGAUGUAUCCAUUUGAAAGAAAUAUGAAGGUACUUAAAAGUUAUGUGUGUAACCACUAUCGGCCGAUUGCAUGUAUGGUUGAGUGCUACAUAUCUGAAGAGGCUGUGGAAUUUUGUUCAGAGUACAUGGCUGGAGUUGAGGCAAUAGGAAUUAGCAAACCAAGAACUGACCCAGAUGAUGUUGAUAGAGGAUUAAGGGGCAAAGGGACAAUGGUGACAGUGUCCAAGCUUGAACUAGAUCAAGCUCAAUUAGUCGUGAUGAACAAUAACGCAGAGGUUCAACCAUAUAUAACUGACCAUAUGGAGCUGUUACAAUCAAUGGUUCCAAGAAAUCAAAAAAAUAAACAAAAAUGGGUUGCAGACCAACAUCGUCAAACUUUCAUUGGGUGGUUAAGGAAUACCAUUAUAGCAAAGUUGAACGAACCGAAUCAUGGAGUAUCUGAUGUGUUGAGUCGUAUUGCCCUUGGACCAACUUUUGCGGUUGCAAAGCAUGAAGCGUACAUUGUAAGGGGUAAACGUUUUCAUACAAAGUCAAGAGAUGAUGCUCGAGAGGUUCAAAAUAGUGGUAUACGUAUCGUCGCAGAAACUAUGCACUUUGCAAGUGCAAAAGAUAGAAACCCUGUUUUAGGUACUAUGACGUAUUACGGGGUCAUUGAAGAAAUAUGGGAGCUCAAUUAUUUUGCGUUCCGAAUUCCACUUUUUAAGUGUUCUUGGGUUGACAACAACGUUGGAGUAAAAACUGACGAGCUUGGUUUUACUUUGGUUGAUUUAAGUAAGAGAGGAAGCAAGAAUGAUCCAUUCAUCAUGGCUAGCCAAGCAAAUUUCAAGUUUUUUACAUUUCGAUCCGCUAAUGAUAAAUGGUCUAUUGUUUUAUCGACACCAGAGAGGAGGUUCUUAGAGACUGAAGAGGAUGAGGAGAAUGCUGACUUAUGUUACGAUGACUUCAUUGUUGGACAACCAAUUCAUGAGCAACUCAUGGGAGUUGAUCGUAACAUUGAGGAAGACGACGCUGAAUACAUUAGAAACGAUAUCAAUGAGGGAAUAUGGCUACGCGAAGCUCGUAUCCACUCUGGGAAUCAGAUGUCGGCAGACAAUAGGGUUGGCUUAUAA